UCAGGGCGCGGCGCAAGAUGGCGGCCCGCAGUGAGUGAGGAGACACCGGGGGCUCCUUGUCUCAGGAAUACACCAUGUACCGUGUGUCAUGUCGGCUGUUGUCAGGUCGCUUGGGUUUGUGUGUUUUCGAGCCUCUUCACAAAAUAGCCAUCAUCAAACAAAUUCUAAAGGUUUUCGUCCAUCACUACAGACCAGGAAAUGGGGAAUGGCUCCAGAUUCGACAUUUUUACCUUCCUAAAUGCCAGUAUGUUACCAAAGUUGAUAAAGUACUGUACCAACGUGCAAAACCCAAAGCUGAACCAUCAUCAGCACCUUUUCCAGAGAAGCCACCUCUGAUCAAUGAUGUUGUUGUACGAUCAGUUCAACAAGUUCCCACAAUGACACCAUAUCCGUCCAGUCUUCAUGAGGCUGAAGAACAAAUGCCAGGGAAAGCAGGAAUGGAAGAAGUAGCUGAUGAUAAAGGAACUUCCCAAGAUAAUCGAGAAGGCAAACAGUGGAACGAGGUGAAAGUGCAACUCGCAGAUCUACCAGGGAUCUAUGCAAAGCUAUCUAAAAUAAAACUCACAGCGUUAGUUGCAACCACUGCGGCGGCUGGAUUUGCAAUGGCACCUGUACCCUUCGACCUUAGCUGUUUCCUUCUCGCCACUCUUGGAACAGGCCUUGCUUCCUGUGCUGCCAACUCGAUUAAUCAGUUUUUCGAGGUGCCCUUUGACUCGAACAUGAACAGGACAAAGAACCGACCUCUUGUCAGGGGGCAGAUUAGUCCUUUACAUGCAGUAUCCUUCGCUGCUGCCUGCAGUGUGCCCGGUAUAACGAUUUUGGCACUUGGAAUUAACCCACUAACUGGAGCAUUGGGAGCCUUUAACCUUUUCCUCUACACAUGUUGCUACACCCCAAUGAAACGGCUGAGUAUUCUCAACACCUGGGUGGGCUCUGUGGUUGGUGCUAUUCCCCCAGUCAUGGGCUGGACAGCAGCCACUGGCAGCAUCGGCGCAGGUGCCUUGUUAUUAGGUGGCAUUCUCUACUCCUGGCAGUUCCCACAUUUCAAUGCGUUAAGCUGGAACCUCAGAGAGGAUUAUUCACGAGGAGGAUACCGUAUGAUGUCCGUCACGCACCCCGCGCUCUGUAAACGGGUGGCAUUCCGCCACUGCUUUGGUCUCAUUGGACUAUCAACGCUCUGUUCUGUCUUUGAUGUGACCACGUGGACCUUUCCCCUCAUUUCACUCCCAAUAAACUUGUACAUCAGCUAUCUCGGCUACCGAUUUUACAGGGACUCCAGCCGUAACAGUGCUCGCAAACUUUUCUUCUGUAGCCUCUGGCACCUUCCAAUGUUACUGCUCCUCAUGCUGACCUGCAAGAAAUCAAUAGCUGGAAGUGAGAGUACGAUCCAUCAUCAAGUUCAAACAGAAAUGCAAGUGUAAUGUUCUUUUUUUUU